AGUGGAGGGUACUGGAUAUCACGUGCGUGUCGAGUUGCUGGAACCGAGAGAUAAGGGCAGGAAGGAUGACUCGUCGUCGUAAGGACACGACCAUCACCAUAUCAGACUCAGAUGAAGAAUCACUCCCAGUUCCAAAAGCACGAGCAAAAGCCAAGACAAAGCCAAAGAUAAUCAAGAUCUCCGAUUCAGAAGAGGAGCUAAAGCCCCUAAAAACCAGGAUCAGAAAAAAAACUGUUAAAAAAUCAGUGUCCGAUGAAAUCGAAGUUUCGAGCUCGAACGUAAAAAAACCUAGAAAAAGGAAGAGUGAGGAGCCAGCAGAGAUGGGUGGCUUAUUCAGUAAGAAACGAAAGACCAGAGAGUCGAAAGUAGCUCAAAGGGACCCAGUUUACGGUGCACUAUCAACCGCCCCAACAAGAGCCAUCUCCCCAACCCCAAGAGUCAUCAGCCACCCCCAAGAUUCCACCAUCACCCCUAGAGUCGACAUCGCCUCCCCGAAGCACGACACAUACUGCGACUGGUCUGACGUCGACUACAUCCAGGAGCACCAUGGAAUCACCAGAGCAGUAGCUGCGACCAUCGUCCAACUAUUCACAGCUGACAAUACAGUGCCCUUCAUAGCGAGAUACCGAAGAGCAGCCACAGGUGGUCUAGACGCCGAUCAGCUGAGGCUGAUAAAGGAGAGCUUCGACAGAGUCAAGCAGAUACAGCACAAGGCAAAUACUGUGAUAAAGGCGAUCGAGAGGGUGAACAAGUGGACUCCACAGCUCCACAACACAGUGAAAUCGUUGAAGUCCCUCAAUGCAUUGGAGCAAAUUCACAGCCUCUACAAGACCACCAAGAAAUCGUUAGCUGAACGUGCGAGGGACCUCGGUCUCGGCCCCACUGCUGAGUCUAUCCUGCAGGGAAAACCCCUUCCCCAUCUGCGGACAUUCGUAAAUCCUUCUAAAGACGGACUUCAGAAUGAGGAACAGGUAAAGGAAGGUGUUGUCUGCAUUAUGGCUGAUACAAUAAGCAAGGACAAGAGUGUGUUCGACAAGAUCAAUGAUCUGCGCGAGAAGAUAUCGAUCCAGAUACAGACGAAGAAGACAAAGACACCAGACGGAACUAGUGCCAAAAAUGAUGAUAAGGACAAGUAUGACAUGUAUUACGACUGGAGUUCGUCGGAGAAGAAUAUAAAACCUCACCAGAUCCUGGCGCUCAACAGGGCAGAGGCCCAGAAGAUCAUCACGGUUAAGCUGAUUGUACCAGACUUUUUUGAGACGUCUAUCAAGAGGUAUGUGAUGGAGUUGUAUGGGGUGGCGGCUAGAGCUUCGGGCUUUCACAAUCAGCUGAUCAAUGAGGCCUUCAACCAUGCCUACAAGAAGUCGAUGAAGCCUUCGAUGGUGAGGAGAGCGAGGACUGAGAUGAAUGAGAAGGCUGAGGAGGCUUCCAUGGAGGUUUUCGCGACGAACGUUAAACAACUGCUGCUGGCGUCUCCGGUCAGGGGUAAAGUGGUUCUCGGUAUCGAUCCGGGGUUCGCUCAUGGAUGCAAACUGGCUGUUAUCUCUCAGCAGGGCGAUGUUUUAGAGACAGCGACUAUUCAUCCACACAGGCAAGAUGGGAGAGGACGUCAAGAAGCUGUGGAUAAGCUGCAUUCACUUGUUCGUAAGCAUCAGUGUAAUGUUGUUGCACUGGGUAAUGCAACAGCUUGUCGCGAGACCGAGGUAUUUCUCUCGGAUAUCAUUAAGUCUGGAAUAUUUGCACCGCUUGAUGUAACUUACACAAUUGUGGACGAGGCUGGGGCUUCGGUGUACAGUUGUGGAGCGGAGGCUAAAGCGGAAUUUCCAAAAUUGGAUUACAAUGUCAUCUCGGCGAUAUCAAUAGCGAGACGGUUGCAGGAUCCACUUGCUGAGCUUGUGAAGAUUGAGCCGAAGCAUCUUGGAGUGGGAAUGUACCAGCAUGAUUUACCGGAGAAGCAGCUGAUGAAUAAAUUGAAUGAGGUUGUUAUGGAAGCUGCGAGUUUCGUCGGAGUUGAUGUUAAUACAGCUUCCCAGUGUUUACUGAGACGAGUGGCUGGCUUGUCGGAGACAAAAGCAGCGAAUAUAAUUGAAUGGAGGAGGGAGAAUGGACCCUUUGUCAAUCGUAAUCAGUUGAUGAAAGUCAAAGGUAUUGGGGCCAAAACUUUUGAACAGUGCGCCGGAUUUAUCAGAAUUCAGCCAGAAACUGCGGUGUUAAAAUCGCCAGGUCGUGCUAAGAAGACUGGAUUGAAUUACUUGGAUCAGACGUGGAUCCAUCCUGAAUCCUACUCUGUUGCGCUUUCUCUGAUAGAUGAUUCUGGACUCGAUUGCAAGGAUAUUGGCACCAGACCAUUUAUCUCGGCCAUCAAGGUUUAUGCCACUCGAGGAUAUGGGGCUCUGACAAAAGUACUGAAAACUGAUGAAACGACGUUGCAGAUUAUUAUCAAGGGACUCACCAUGGCCAAGGAUGAGGACAUCAGAACUCAGAAUAAUGUGCCAUUGUUCAGGAAGAGUCUGCGGAGCAUUGACGAUCUCGUUAUUGGAUCAUUACUGAGUGGGGAAAUCAGGAAUGUCACGCAUUUCGGGGCUUUUGUCGAUAUUGGAGUGGGUAAAGAUGGCCUUAUACAUGUGAGUCAAUCAAAGGGGGAAACGUUGAAGAUUGGCCAACGAGUUGAUGUUAAAGUACAGAAUAUUGAGAAGGAGCGCGGUCGUAUUGGAUUGAUUUUAAUCACUAGUUAUUAAUGAUUAAAACAUUGGUUUACUUUUGUUAUUGUGAUUGGAGUCCAAUUGUUUUUCUCAUAUGAUUAUUCAUGUAUUCAAACAUUGUGUAGAAUUUAAAAAUCAAAAUCCUUGGAUCACACUAAAAAUUGAUUAAAUGAUGAAUGAUUGUCGACUCGAUUGCAAGGAUAUUGGGACCAGAGCGUUUAGUUUCACCAUCAAAGUUUAUGCCACUUGAGGAUAUGGGGUUCUGAUGAAAGAUUUGAAAAGGAUGAGACGACGUAGCAGAUUAUUAUCAGGGGACUAACCAUGGCCACGAAUGAGAACAUUACUUAUGAGAAUUUAGAAAUGUCACGAAUUUCGGGGCUUUCCUCGAUAUUGGAGUGGGUAAAGAUGGCCUUAUACAUGUGAGUCAAUCAAAGGGGGAAACGUUGAAGAUUGGCCAACGAGUUGAUGUUAAAGUACAGAAUAUUGUGAAGGAGCGCGGUCGCAUUGGAUUGAUUUUAAUCAUUAGUUAUUAAUGAUUAAAAACAUUGGUUUACUUUUUUUUAUUAUGAUUGGAGUCCAAUUGUUUUCCUGAUGUGAUUAUUCAGUUAUUCAAACAUUGUGUGGAAUUUAAAAAUCAAAAUCCUUGGAUCACACUAAAAAAUUGAUUAAAUGAUAAAUAAUUGUGGACUCGAUUGCAAGGAUAUUGGGACCAGAGCGUUUAGUUUCGCCAUCAAAGUUUAUGCCACUUGAGGAUAUGGGGUUCUGAUGAGAGAAUUGAAAAGGAUGGGACGACGUAGCAGAUUAUUAUCAGGGGACUAACCAUGGUCAGGGAUGAGGAUAUCAGAACUCAAAAUAAUGUGCCAUUGGUUAGGAAAAGUUUGACAAGCAUUGAUUCUGGUUAUUGGAUUAUUAUUGAGUGGGAAAGUCAGGACUGGGUACAGAGGCCUUACACAUGUGAGUCAAUUGAAGGGAGAAACUUUGAAGAUUGGCCAACGAGUUGAUGUUAAAGUACAGAAUAUUGUGAAGGAGCGCGGUCGCAUUGGAUUGAUUUUAAUCACUAGUUAUUAAUGAUUUUUUAAAAUUCUGAUUGGAGUCCAAUUUUUUCCUUAUGUAAUUAUUCAUGUAGUCACAUUGUGUGGAAUUUAAAAAUCAAAAUCCUUGGAUCAUACUAAAAAAUGGAUUACAUGAUAAAUUAUUGUGGGCUCGUUUGUAAGGAUAUUAACCGUUUAAAGGACCAGACCGUUUAUCGCUGCCAUCAAAGUUUAUGCCACUCGAGGAUAUGGGGUUCUGAUGAAAGAAUUGAAAACCGAUGAGACGACGUUACAGAUUAUUAUCAGGAGUAACCAUAGCCAAGAUGAAAACAUCAGAACUCAGAAUAAUGUACCAUUGUUCAGGAAUUCGUCAGGCUAUUGGGUCAUUACUGAGUGGGGAAGUCAGGAAUGUCACGCAUUUCGGGGCUUUGGUCGAUAUUUAAAUGGAUAAAGAGGCUUUAUACAUGUGAGUAAAUCAAAGGGCAAAACUUUGAAGAUUGGACGUCGAAUUGACGUUAAAAUACAGAAUAUUAGGGAGCAGCGAGGUCACAUUGAAUUGAUUUCAAUCAAGAGUUUUUAACGACUCGAGUUGUUAAUAUUUUUUUUUCUCUUCUUUAAAAUACAAUAAAGGGGUAAUUGUAGUCAAUUUUUUUCUCAUGAUAUUAUUUCUGUAUUUAUUUUUGAUUGUAAGGAACAACUAUUCAAUAGCUUGCUAUUGAUCACGAAGUAGAGCACGAGUUGAUUCACUUGAUGUGGACCACCAGGUGCACGUGUAUGCCCUAAGUGCUCUGAAUUGUUAUCGAGUGACCUUUCAACUUCACGUCACGCUGGUUUCAUUCAAAAUCCACUCCAUAAAUCUUUAUUGCAAGGAUAUUUUAUCCUAUCAGAAUAUGGGUGUUUUCGCCAACUAUUGGUAUGGUUUUGGAUCUUCAAGAAUUUAAUUUCGUUGAGGCUUCUUAUAUGGCUUUCUUAUCAUUCAAAAGGUCUCAACAAUAUUUUUCCUAUUUUUUUCAAAUUUCAGUAGGAAACAUUUUCCCAAUUACUGAUUUUAAAAUUUUUUCAUUCCAAAAUUCAUUAUUCAAGGUUCAUAAAUGAUUGAUAAAUAAUUAACUUUGAAAUAAAAAAAUUUAAAAAAAUUGAAAAAAUUUUUUUUGGAUAGAACGAAUCCUAGUUCCAGUCUAAUUUUUUAAUAUGUUUCGUAAAAAUAGUCACUUUGGAUAGAGAAAUAAAAAAAUCUAAAAUCGAGGUGGGGGUUGGUGGUACCACACACAAUUUUCUACUUUUUUGGUAAUUUUGAAGCAUUUCCGACGACGUGAGCUAAUUGGCACCAUGCUCAAUCGAAAGACCGGAAAAUUUCUUUCGGAAAUCCUUACUGAAAGCCUGAAAAAAAGGGACAUGUACUGCAACGCAAAAUUUCGUCAAAAACUCACGAAACUCAAGAAUUAACGUUGUGGGUGUAAUAAAAUUUGCAAAAAAAUGAAAAUUUUUUUUAGGCCUUUUGAAUAAUACGAAAGCCACAUAAGCCUCAACAAAAUUAAAUUUUUGAAGGUACAAAACUAUACCAAUAAUUGUCCAAUCAGUAUUUGUAUCGAGACCUCCGAAAAACCCCCGAAAAACUAUUUUUAAUUACUUUUUUAUUGGUGUAUGCCGCUUGUAUUCCACCACAUCUAUCUGUUGUAAAAUUGUAAAACUGAGAAAUAAAGACGGAAUAUUUUCCACAA